AUCGCAAAAUAAAUAGUAGCAGCGCACAGCAACCCUUAGGGCUCUAACGAAGAAACAAGCCAGAGAAGAGGGCUGAAGCCUACCAUCGUAUCUAUACACAAUCUACACCCAGAGCAUGGAUCGAUACCAGAGGGUGGAGAAGCCGAGGGAGGAAACGCCGAUUAAUGAGAAUGAGAUUCGGAUUACAAGCCAAGGCAGGAUGCGGAACUAUAUCACUUACGCUAUGAGUCUGCUUCAGGAAAAGAGUGAUGAAGUCUUGUUUAAGGCAAUGGGCAGAGCGAUCAACAAAACUGUGACUAUAGUGGAGUUGAUCAAGAGGAGGAUUGUAGGUCUCCACCAAGUUACAUCAAUUCAAUCCACGGAUAUAACAGACACAUGGGAACCCCUAGAGGAAGGACUCCAAACUUUGGAAACUACGAGAAAGGUUUCGAUGAUCACUAUUACGCUGUCCAAGAAGGAGCUAGAUAAGACAAACAUUGGGUACCAAACUCCCCUACCAGCUGACCAGGUCAAGGUGGCUACAGAGCUAGAAUAUGAUGGAGAGGGAUCACCUCCUGCAAGAGGAAGGGGUCGAGUUGCUAGAGGGAGGGGAAGGCCUAGAGCCCCGCCUGGAAAUGGAUUUGCAUCUGUUGAAUAUGAUGAUGGAGGCUAUGGAAGGAGCUAUGGGGGCAGAGGACGAGGCAGAGGCCGCAACUUCCGUGGUCGUGGGAGGGGAGGCUACAAUACCCCUCCAAUGGAUGCUCAGUAUGAUGUUGGAGGCUAUGGAGGCUAUAACCAAGGACCGCCACGUGGACGUGGACGUGGCAGGGGGCCUCGUGGGAGAGGCCGUGGAUUCAGAUCCAAUGGCCGAAUCCAAGCUGCUGCCUGAGUCAUAUGCUGCUACUAGUACUCAACUCGGGAUUACAUGUAUGGCAGACAACAUGAUUUUCCGUUUCUUCUCAGUGGUUUUGCUAGUGUUAACAUAAUAUGUCAUCUGUAAUUCAAUGUAGACUAACAUUAGCUGCGCUAGUUUGCUUGCGUGGUGAGCCUUUUUGUUUUGUUUUGUUAUUUUUAUUUUAUUUUAUUUUUUUUGUUUGUCUUGUUACCUUGAACACUCCAUAGUUAUUUAUUUUCUUUAUGAAUCAAGUGUAACCCGUGGUA